AUGCCCUCCCCUCAGUAUCGCAUUAGGUCUACCGGCUCUAAGUGCAUCAAGUUGCAACAAGCAGUCGUUGUACUUUCUUCGCAUAAUCUUGCUGGAGGAAGAGCCUUCCCUGUGCGCCCUCUCUACUUCACCCCUUCAAAGGACUCUAUUUCCGUGGGCUCUGCCACGCUUGAUUGUGGCGAAGACAUUUUCGGUAGCUGUGGCUUUGAACGAAUAGAUGCAUUCAAUACUAACUUACAACGGACAAGAGCCACCGUACACAUGGUUCAGGUCGUGAAUCACGUUCGGACGGGGCCAUCAGCAAGGGUCAUGCUCGAUGCAGGCGCAGGCGUAUCGAGACAUGAACUAUUGCUCACGGCCCAGGCUGUAGAGAAAGCAAAAUUUGCAAGAGUUUUGGGAGGGGCAACCUUAUUCUCGGACCUCAAGUGCCCUCCAUAUCAACUGCUCGGGAAACACUGGAUAGCGGCAGUAUAUGACUUAGACUCUCGAAUCGCUAUCAUGUGCACGCUGCCGGUACGGAUGGAAAUGGGAAUCGACUCGGAUGGCAGACCAGAUGAUCCUACGUUGGACGGAAAAGAAGGACUUCCGGUGUACGACGGCAUUGGGAGCCACCCCAGAUACAUGGGUUCCAGACACACAGCCCCGGCUCAUCAAGCACAAUACAAGCCUGAUACAGAACCAGCCGGAAACGGGGGCGUGGCAUCUGGUUAG